AUGACUUCGCCUUUACCUUUACCUAAAUACGAAGACAAGUCCCAAGACCUCCACGAUUUGGGUGGAGAUGAGAAGGGACCCGAACCCAACUUGUUGGAUGCUUCUGCUGUUGAUGCCGAAAAGGAAUUUACGGUAGAGGAGAAUAGAAUUUUGUUGAAGAGGAUCGAUUGGUAUCUUAUGCCUAUUAUGGCUAUGACCUAUGGUAUUCAAUAUGCCGAUAAGCAAUCUAUCUCGAACUCGACUCUGUUCGGUAUCGCUACUGAUACUCAUCUUCAUGGCCAACAAACAGCUUGGCUGUCCACCAUCUUCUACUUGGCCUAUUUGGUAUUUGAAGGUCCAAUGAACUAUAUCAUGCAAAAAGUCAGACUCGGUCGAUUCCUCUCUAUUGCGGUUUUCAUCUGGGGUGCUCUGGUAAUGCUCAUUGCUACAUGUCAGAACUGGGCGGGUCUGAUGGUUCUUCGAACACUUAUUGGUGCAUUUGAAUCAUGUAUCUCCCCUGGAUUCCUGAUGAUCGUCGCAUCAUGGUACAAACGUGAAGAACACGGUAUGAGAUCUAUGAUCUGGAUGGCUCAAAAUGGUUUCUUCGCCAUUUUCACUGGAGUAGUCACAUACGGUAUAGGAGUGGCUACUCAGAACAAUGGUGGAAUAGCAGCUUGGAGAAGUAUCAAUUUGUUCCUCGGAGGUAUGACUUCAGCUUGGGCAAUCGUAUUGUUCUUCCUAUUGGGCACACCCGAUGAAGUUAGAUGGUUAUCACCCGAACAAAAGAAACAGGCCGCAGCCCGAAUUGUAUCUAACCAAAGUGGUGGAGGAGGUCAAUCCGAGUGGAAAUGGUCACAAGUCAAAGAAGCUUUCUUGGAUCCUCAAAUUUAUUGUUAUUUCUUGAUUUCGUUCUUGGCGGACGUACCUAAUGGUGGAUACGGUAUUUUCGGUGGUAUUGUAACGAAAUCAUUCGGAUUCACCUCCCUUCAAGUGAUCUUACUUAACAUGCCCGGAGGAGCAAUGGGAGGAUCGUUCAACGUACUUUCUGGAUACUUGGCUGGUAAAUACAAAAAUACCAGAACAUACUAUAUGGCAUUCUCGAUGAUUGCCGGAACGGCUGGUCUCUUGGUAGCUGCCCUUUUACCUCAGGAACACGCUUACAGAUGGAAGAAAUGGGGUGGAUUGUUGUGCAUGUCUAUUUACUCUACUGCUGUGUUCAUGGGUUGGAGUAUGUUACCUUCAAACGUCGCUGGACGAACUAAGAAAUCAGUAGCUUCUACUAUGUCCUUCGUAGGUUAUUGUGUAGGUAACAUUGUUGGAUCUCAAUUGUACCAAGCCAAAGACGCUCCAUUGUAUCGACCAGGUCUUAUAGCCAGUGCCAUCUGUUUCGGCUUAACAUUCGUGGUCAUCUUCAUCCUUCGAUUCUACUACAUCUACGUCAAUGCUAAACGAGAUAGACAAGCUAGGGAAUCAGGUCUGACUGUCGAAGAGAUGGAAAGGUUGGGUAAGAUCAAUGGUGAGAAUGAUUUGACGGAUAUCCAAAAUCCUCAUUUCAGAUAUUCUUACUAA